UACUGAACUUACAUAGUAAAUCAUAAACUGAGCUUUUUUGGCUUCUUUGAAUAUGUAAGCUUGUCUUACAUCAUUUCUUUUUUUGUCGAAGUGUCACUGUGUAAUUAUAUUACUGUAAUCUAAAUGAAUUAUUAAAGCAUAAACCGGUCGAAGUCAUUCAGAUAAAGCCGUACCUUGGAGAAAAUUCACUACAUGAACAUUUUAUUUUGAACAAUUUCGGAUAUCAGUUUUAAUUGGUCUCGGAAUUUCCCAUAAUAGAUAUAACGUGUUUCUAAUUUUAAACUUCUACUUAUUCUUUAAUUUAUUUCGCAAUUUGUCGGUAAAACAGUUUGACUUCAAGAGACGACUGGAUACACACAAAAGCGAAUUGAUUGCAAUUAUGGCUAGCAGAUAUGACUACAGAUUUUACUGCAGAUACCACCAAACAUACUGUGGACACUUCGACGGCUGUGGCGGACUGCCUGGGGAUACACCGGAAGCUUUUGAGGCAGCUAUACGCCAUUCUGAUAAUAGGACCGUUGAUGAAAACAUGAGGUGUAUUGGUUGCUCGACAGAAAUAAGGGUUAAAAGCGUAUCUAUAAUUGUACCAGGAGAACAAAUCUCCUGGUAUGGAGGGUGUAGCGCAGAUGCCUCUUAUAAACAUCAUGCGAUAGUGAAGAAAGUAAAGAACACGUCUGGAACGUGUAUUACAAUGGAGCUGGUAGAAUUUGAUAGAAAGGGAUUUAUUGAAAAUAUUUAUAAAACAGAAAAGACUUUCAAUCUCAGAAACGAUACGAUAUUUCUUGUCCAGUACCAGCAUUCAAAGUAUACAGCAGGCGACAUAGUGUCACGGGCAGAGUCUAUGUUACCAGAAAACAGCACAGACCCAUGCAAAUUUGGCAUUUAUAACCCAGAAACAAAUAAUUGUGAACAUUUCGCUACCUGGUGUGUUGUUGGGAAAAGACAAAGUUUCCAGACAUUACAAGCGAAUUGGUUUACAUGCAAUAUAGGGUAAAAUGGGGUAACUGGGACACUUAAAGAAACACUGUU